AUGAAAGGAAGAUUCCCACAACCUCGGAACCAAUUCCUGGCUGGAUUUGCUCACUGUUGGCCAUUGACCAAUGAUGUGAACUUCGCGCAGCGAUCUGCCAAAGUCAACGAUACCCCGCCUUUGGAUCUCAGGUCGUUGCUGAUAGUGAGAUCGAGGGAAUCUGGCGCUGGUUGGGAGAGAUUCCUUGGGACAAGAAGACAGUACACGACAGCAGUCGAGGACGACAAGGUCCUGGGAGAGCUUGGACUCCAUCUGCUCCUAAGGAUGGAUGCGGAAUCAACCAAACCUAUUCCAAAUAGUCAGGGGAAAGAGAGUAGUGAGGAGCAGGAGGCGAACGUGUCGGCGGAGGACACUGGGAACGAAGCUGGACCGAGCCAUGAGAAGGGUAUAUCUGCAUCCGUCUCGGCAGGCUCUGACCUCUGGGACAAUCUGAGAUUGCACGGUGAGACUGGUACCUUCAGAAAGGCGGUUGAUAAAUGA